AUGGCACAAGAACCGAAUCAGAAUUCAACAUUUGAUGAAAUCGAUAAAUUACUUGCUGAUAACGAAUUUUGUCAAGCAGUACAAGCCUGGCAAGAUAAUACAGAAGACGUUACCGUUCAUUCACCAACACUAAACAUAUCGGAUGCUUUAAAUACCACUUUCGUCGAUGAGACCAAUGUCAAUGAACAUGAACAAAUUAAUUUAUCUCAACAACAAAGUGAAGAUUUUUUUUUAAGAAAAAUUUAA